GCUGAGGAAGGGGCGGAGCAGCGGCCGCGGCGGGGGCCGGAGGAGCCCCCCGGCCUCGGGGCUGUGAGGGGCGAGCGGCGGCCGGCGCCCCGCGCUCCCUCGUCCUCCCCCAUCGCUUGGCAACGGAGGCAGAACGUGAACCUUUAUGUGAUCCAAAUGUCUGCUGAAUGGAUGAUGUGCCUACGGUAAUUAAGGCCAACAUGGAUUCUUGCUUCCUAGUCGUCCUGUUCAGCAGCUGCCUGACGUGCCUCGGAGCCAACAAUAUGACCACAGUGCAACCCUUGUCGGGUUCUGCCUUGCCCACAGCUUCCGUGAAAACUGUCAGGACACCACCAAGUAGUGGGAAGCCCACAAGUCCCAUCAGCAAGCGCCCUGCUCCUCCAACAGAGCCUCCUGCUGUGGUACAGAACCAGACGCCUCCUUCCACCACGGAAUUCCUGCCUUCCACCACCGUCAGUGCGCCAAGCACAGAAGCUACGACUCUGAAGGCAGCGGUGCUCACUUCUGGGCCCACUUCCCUCCCGCCAAGCGUCACAUCCUCAGUUUCACAUACGAACACUGAUAAUGCAGACUUGAUACCUGGAGAGGCCAAUGCCACGACAGCAGCAACUACUUCAAAAGCAUUUGUCACCUCAAGUGAUAUGGACGGCAGACGAGAUGAGACACCUAUCAUCGCCGUAAUGGUGGCAUUAUCUUCCUUGCUAGUCAUAGUAUUUAUUAUUAUUGUCCUAUACAUGUUAAGGUUUAAAAAAUACAAGCAAGCUGGGAGUCAUUCCAACUCUUUUCACUUGUCCAAUGGCCGGACAGAUGACAUGGAGCCCCAAAGCGUGCCACUGCUUGCCAGAUCUCCCAGCACCAACCGGAAGUACCCACCGCUGCCUGUCGAUAAACUGGAGGAGGAGAUCAACCGGCGAAUGGCAGACGACAACAAACUCUUCCGUGAGGAGUUCAAUGCUCUCCCAGCCUGCCCCAUCCAGGCCACCUGUGAAGCUGCCUCCAAGGAAGAAAACAAGGAGAAGAACAGAUACGUGAACAUCUUGCCUUAUGAUCAUUCCAGGGUGCAUCUGACACCGCUCGAAGGGGUCCCAGACUCUGAUUACAUCAAUGCCUCCUUCAUUAAUGGGUACCAAGAGAAGAACAAGUUCAUUGCAGCCCAAGGACCAAAAGAAGAAACUGUAAAUGACUUCUGGAGAAUGAUUUGGGAGCAAAACACAGCCACGAUUGUCAUGGUGACCAACCUGAAGGAGAGGAAAGAGUGUAAAUGCGCUCAGUACUGGCCAGAUCAGGGCUGCUGGACCUAUGGGAAUAUCAGGGUCUCCGUGGAAGAUGUGACCGUCCUGGUGGACUACACUGUGCGGAAAUUCUGCAUUCAGCAGGUGGGCGACGUCACCAAUAAAAAGCCUCAGCGCCUGGUGACGCAGUUCCACUUCACCAGCUGGCCUGACUUCGGAGUGCCCUUCACGCCCAUUGGGAUGCUGAAGUUCCUGAAGAAGGUGAAGACAUGCAACCCGCAGUACGCGGGAGCCAUCGUCGUGCACUGCAGCGCUGGCGUGGGGAGAACGGGAACGUUCAUUGUGAUCGAUGCCAUGCUCGACAUGAUGCACUCCGAGAGGAAGGUGGAUGUUUACGGGUUUGUAAGCCGCAUCCGGGCUCAGCGCUGCCAGAUGGUACAGACCGAUAUGCAGUACGUCUUCAUCUACCAAGCUCUUCUGGAGCAUUAUUUGUAUGGAGACACCGAGCUAGAGGUGACCUCGCUGGAGAUGCACCUCCAGAAGAUUUACAACAAAAUUCCUGGGACCAGCUGCAAUGGCUUGGAGGAAGAGUUCAAGAAACUAACCUCAAUCAAAAUCCAGAAUGACAAGAUGAGGACAGGCAACUUGCCAGCCAACAUGAAGAAGAACAGGGUGCUGCAGAUAAUUCCGUAUGAGUUCAACCGAGUGAUCAUUCCAGUGAAGAGGGGCGAGGAAAACACAGACUACGUGAAUGCUUCAUUUAUCGACGGCUACCGCCAGAAGGAUUCCUACAUAGCCAGCCAAGGCCCUCUCCAGCACACGAUAGAGGAUUUCUGGAGGAUGAUCUGGGAGUGGAAGUCCUGCUCCAUUGUCAUGCUGACAGAGCUGGAAGAGAGGGGUCAGGAGAAAUGUGCCCAGUACUGGCCUUCCGACGGGCCUGUGUCCUACGGUGACAUCACGGUGGAGCUGAAGAAAGAGGAGGAGUGUGAGAGCUACACUGUGCGGGACCUGCUGGUGACGAAUACCAGGGAAAACAAAAGCCGGCAAAUCCGACAGUUCCACUUCCAUGGCUGGCCAGAGGUUGGCAUCCCCACCGACGGGAAAGGCAUGAUCAACAUCAUCGCAGCUGUACAGAAGCAGCAGCAGCAGUCUGGGAACCACCCCAUCACUGUGCACUGCAGUGCUGGAGCCGGGCGAACAGGGACCUUCUGUGCACUGGGCACUGUCCUGGAAAGGGUCAAAGCCGAAGGGAUUCUGGACGUCUUUCAGACGGUGAAGAGCUUGAGGUUACAGAGGCCGCACAUGGUCCAAACACUGGAACAGUACGAAUUCUGCUACAAGGUGGUCCAGGAGUACAUUGACGCCUUUUCAGACUACGCCAACUUCAAGUGAAGAUGAGAAUCACACGACGGAAGAGUUGCCUUCUUUAAUACUUUGUAAUAUUCUGUUUGUUAAUAUCCCCCUGCCCACAAAUGUGUACAUAUCGUAACUGUUCUAGAGGGUUGGUACCAUAAGAUUCCUGUUAGCUGGAGAUUUUAUAUGUAGCAAAAGUGUUAGAAAGAGAUGGUAGGCACUUUUUUCCCAAUGUUUUAUUGGGGAAUUAAAUAGCGUGAUAUUUGGAUUAAUAUUGUCAACACUCUUUCCUGGAGAGUUGAUGCAGGCUGUUUUUCGUUUUGUAAAUCUAUUUUUUUUUCCUUGAGGGAGUAAAGCCUUUUUAAAAACCAAAUGAAAUUCUUCAUAUCAGCUGUUUCUUUUAAAAGAAAAAAAUGUGGCUCAUAAAUACCAUUUUUAACUGAAGUUUUUUUAACCCCUUGGAAAGCGGUUUCAUAUUUGUCAGGGUUUUUUAAAAAGUAUUUAUCAGAGGUUUUAUAUAAGAGUUGCAAGGCAGUAUCCCUCUUGCAUCUCUGAAGAGUUCCGUGCACAGGGAGAGCGAACCUCUUCGGAAAGACGGGGGUUCCCCCUGCACAUUAGAACCCCUGGGUGUGCAAGGAGGUAUUUACGCAGCUGACUCCUUUAGAUGGAGGAUCCCAAAGUUUGGCAUUUCACUUGGAAAGGAGACAUUUCUCAGCUUUUAAGCCACCAGGAGAGACUCGAGUGUGUUCGGAAUGGCAAAGCAAUUCAGUGCGCGAUGUGCUGCCAAGUUUGACUCGCAACUUUUCUAACUGCACCAUCAGAUGCCUAAUUAAGUCCAGCUAAGCCGCUUUCUUCUUUGCUGUCGUGUUUUGCACUCUUCCCUCCGGCCGUGACCGAGUCGCGUGUGUUCCGGCUUGUCUUUGCUUUGCCUGUCUGUGCACCUUUGGACUUGCGCUGUCACAAGGGGGGGGGCGCCCGCACACCUCUCCCACAGAGUGCCUAAAUAUGUCGGCAUGCUCGGGGGGGCCACGGUUUUUCGGAUUCGGCCAGCAGUGUGUCCCUUGAUUUCCAGAGAUCUGUCUAGCCGGCCUUCUUGGCAAGAAUGUGUCAUUUCCCCCCUUUAACUCAGCACAACCUGGCAGACCUCCCGUCUUCCUCCUUCAAACAUUCCUGGUCUGGCAGCUCCAAUCCACAACCUGCCAUACCUUGAAACCCCAUUUUGCCCCAUAGGUGUGGGGAGCAAGAAAACACCCCCUCCCCCCAAGCCUCCUGCACAAGCUCAGUUUCCAUGAAAUGGAGAUUGUACAGUAUCCUGUCAUUCAUUUUGUUGGGACUUGUACAGCAGGAGGUUUCUUCCUUGAGUUGCAGGAAUUCAGGAGACUCCAAAAAUUAAUCUGUCUUCUGCCAAGCUUAUAUCAUGUCCGCAUGUCUCCUCUUUUGAAUCGAUCAUUUUCUCUCCUUCCGUUCCUGUUUUGUGAAGCCCCCAUCCAUCUUUCUAGGGGCAAGGGCUUUUCUCCUCUCCUUUGUCAGUUGGCUUUCCAGAAAGAGCACCAGCUGCAUCUCCUGCCUUGAAACGGGUGGGAAAACGAUGAGCAACAUCCUUGACCGGGGCUGGUGCUAGAGAUGGUGCUGACGAGGAAUCCCUUGCAGUCCCCACUGGCUGGAAAGCUUCCCCGGUGACCUAGGAGUCUCCCGAAGAGCAUUCACACGGAGCACUUAGCUGCCACGUGGGUUUCUCGUCGGUUUGCUUUGGCUUGGUGUUGGUAUAGAAAGGCAAAUAGAAAUAACCUUGCUAGAACUCGAAGGGCCUCGCUAGAGGAACGUGGGUCCACACUUUUUGUGCUAACCUGUGUCAGCGUAAGCAGCAGAGGAUGUUCUGUGAGGGAGCAGGGCCUGCAUGUUUAACUCGGACGGCCCGGCUGCAUCUACGUCUUGCCUUUGACCAGAAGCCAAAAGUUGCAAGUGCUGCAGACCGUAGGAGAAACUGUGGGCGACCCAGCAUGCAGGGAGAGCUUGGGCCACGACCCACACCUUGCUUACUCAGACGAUGUAAUGUGCUCUUUAAAAUCACCUACAGAUCCAUAUAAAUCCUAACAUUGUAAUAUGAAUAACGUACCCACAGAAGUCCACCUAAAAAGCCUCAUUCUUGGCAUCCUCAGAGUCAUUGCAAAACAUAGGCGUGUCUUGAUGUUUUGCAUUUACACCUUCUUUUUGCAAGUGACAUGCAGUCUUGCAAACAUAAGUCCUGCUAGAUCAGACUAAAGACUCAUCCAGCGUUCUGUUGCAAAAGUAGCAUAAGCGAUGCCCCCGCGGCAGGAUGUGGAUGCAAUAGACCCCCCCCCCCCCCCGGUAGUCUUCCCUAGUCCCUGACCCUGAAGGUGAUGCGCAGCCAUCCUGCUUGGCCAGCAGUCUCUGAGCCACUUCUCGGAAAAGAGGAGGCCUGAUGGACGGAUUCCCAUGGAGUGGAUGAGUCAUCCUGACCUCGUAAGUUGUGUUGUGAAGACAACGGGGAGAGACGUGUAGGGGAGCAGCUGCAGGACAGUUGUGUGGAGAAUAUCGGCCGGAGAUGCAGCAAGAGCACUGCACCCUUUAACGCCUCUUGGGUCCAGCACUUGGCAGCUCCUCCUCUUAGUUGCCCAAGAGCCCCUUUUGCAGGGAGUACAGUUUCCCCUGUCAUCGCCUCGAUAACGACACCCUGCCCUCCAUAAAAAUUAUUUCUGGCUCCCCCAGACGGCCCAGGUAGAAAGAGAGCUGACCACAACCCUGAGCAGUCCUGCUCGGCUCACGGUUACGGUGAGACUGAACUGGGCAGCCCAGCCCUGAGCUGGCAAGUUCAGAGCGAUCGCAUCAGUCCCGCACUGCCCAGUGCUGCCCGGUGCGGUCGCGCUCGCGGUGGUUGACGCCACGUAAGCGUUUCCUGACGCAAUCGCACGGCUCCUUCACAUGCUCAGGGAAGGCAAACAAGGCACCAUGGUGUGUUUCCGCAGCCUUGGCAUCCCCUCACACGCCGCCCGGUUUCCAUAACCACCUUUGCUGGCCACAGCUUGCCAUGGUGUCCAACCCCAGUCGGGGUGGCUUGCAAAACACCUGGAACCCACGCGUGAUCCAGAAUUGCAGGACGGAUUGAAAACUGCGUGCCACGCACCCACUCUGGCUCGGUUUGGACAUCACAACCAGCAACACCUGGUGAGGGUAAUUGCAGAAACCAGGCAGUGAAUGACCGGCAUUCAUAAGGCAGGAAAAUGAGCCACGGGGUUUAUCUUCCCUUACCCAGUGGUACAGUCUCUCCCAGAGUCCUAAAACGAAUACUGGACUAGGACUGCCUUUGCAAAGCAGUUCCCAAAUGCAGGCAACCCUGCGGCCCCCGAGCAGUAAAGGGGGAAGGCGAGGGAUGGUAUAAAAGAGGUCUCGAUGCAGGAGUCCCUCUUAUCCCGGAAGUGACGGCGAGUUCUAAUGGCGCAGCACGACCCUCAUGCUUGCUGCAACCUGGAGAGAAACUCUUGCCGGUUACCUUUUCCCCAGUGUAAACAAAUGCCCGUAAUCCAACUGCACCAUUAAGCAGCGUGGCUUGUAUGUAUGCUACAUAAAUAGUAUUGGUUUUAUACACACGCACACACACACAUAUUUGCUUGAGCAAUUGUGUUGCAGUUCCGAGUGAGCGUAAUUGGUGUCUUAGCUGGAGGGGCAAAAUCCCGUGUGCCAAAAGCAAAGCGCUCGUCCCUGCCUGUACCUCCCUGCAGCUCUGCCCCCGAAUAUAUCCGGAUGGACAGUGCAGGUCAGAACCACGCUGCUUCUCCCUUGCGUCUGUUCCCGUGGCUGUAACUCCAUGCUGCCUCAUUCUGAAUGUCUUAAUACCUUGUAUUUAUUUUUUGUUGACCAAGUAAAUGCUUUUCUUUUUUUUAAGUGGCCUGGUUAUUUCUUGUACAACAAUCUAACUUGGUUUAUGUCAAGUGGAGGGGCAGAGAGCAUGUGGUUUAAAUCCUGGUUUGUUACUAUAGCUGGGGUAUUAACCCCACAUACCAAUCUAGUGUCAAACGUGUUGGGUGAAAAGUGUCUCCAAACACCAGUUUUUUUCUUAGGUGGUGGAUUAUCUUUUUUCUGUUAGGGCUUGAUCAGAAACUGUGGCCUUCUACCCACCAAAGCCAUCUCCAGCUUUCUAGCAAUCUGUUCUGUAAAAGGAUUGUCAAAAUACUAACUUUAACUCAAUGAGUCUGUGCAGCUGCCCAGCUAGGCAGGGUGGGAGUGUUCAUCUAACGAGAACCUUUUGCCACAGAUCACGUACAGAGGCAUAAAAUUCACUCCCGGUAAGAACCGUUCCUGGCUUUAUAUGGAUGACACUGAAGCUGAAGAACUAUGAGUUGAAUAACAAGUCAGUGCUACAAUCGAUUUCUUUUUCUUGGGCCUGCCAACCCCGCUUUGGUGCUUCUGGCGCUUCUUGUGGAAAGAAGAGAUGGUUUAUGGCAGGAAUAAGAAAUUCCAGGAACCACAACACAUCCCCAAUCUUGCAAGCUCUGUCUGCCUCUGGUGGCCUGCCUACCACAGUGAGGUUAGAUUCCUCACAACAGAAACAUGCGCUGCUUGCCACGUAGAACCUGGAUUGGGCUCUCCAAAGCCUUUCCCAGCAGAACCUUCCGAACUUCCUCAUGCCUUUUCAACAUAACGUGCCUGGAUGAAGCAAACUGCCAGGGCGCAGUGCUCUCCAACUCUCCCAUUUUCGCCUGGCUCUGUGUGAACUGCUGCUUUGCAAUGUGGAGAAGCUAAUCCAUUGCUUUACUUUUGCUGCUGUGUACAUGCCAGGCCUAAAAGAUGCUUAGGGGUAUUUGAGUGCCACGGGGAUUGGAGAAGAGCAAAAUGCCCAUUUCUGGCUUAAAAACGGGGGUAGUUGAGAAGUGGGGAUGUUGGGCUGUCCGAAGCAGACAGAGAACUUGAACGUGAAGUGGCCAUGAGAGUGAUGAAGGGAGGGGACAAGUGUCCGCACGAUGAGCACAUGAGGACAUGGGUCACCCGGACUUCAGAAACUACCCCGCCCCUUCAGUGCCAGGUCUCCUUGCUCGACUUCAGUCCUCCAUCCAGUCCCAAGGAAUACGAUUCCCAAAACAGACAGCCUUCCCUUGUUAAUCUUAAUAUCAGUAAUUACAAACUUUGUAAAUAAAAUUUGAUGGAAUCCUGAAUUUUGGGACCUUGGCCAAGCUGUAAGUUAUACUCUGAAUAAAUGUGCAUUUCAAAAUGGAAA